CCCCAACGUAGCGACAUUUUAGACGGUUCGAAGCUUACAAAACAAGUAAUCAACUUUUUGAAUCGAGCAAAACAACGAUGCUCUAACGAUCAAUAUCCUUUAUUCUCCUGUGCCAUAUGCUUCGCCAUUCCGCUCGGCGUGGAAGGCAAGCAACAAAACACGGAAACGACCAAAACGAGCACUAUGACCAACAACAGCGUCUAUGUCACAAUCUACCAAGGCGGAGCUGCAACCGCCGUUAUACUGGGCGUAUUUGAUAAACUAGUCGACGCAAAUGAUGAAUGUCUACACCGAGCGGCACAGCUAGGCGUAACUCUUUCUGGAGAGAAGCAGGCCCAGCUAAGGGAAGCUGAGCUCAUGCGCUGGGACAAUCCUGAAGGCUUGUCGUGCUGGGUGGAAGCACAUCUGGUUCGGGAUAACUGUGUAUUCACAGUACAUCGGACUGGUGAUCAAGAAACAUCAAUAGAUUGCAGUGCUUGGAUCCAAGAUACGUAGGGCGGAGGGGAAUUUUUGCCUGUCGAACACUGUGAGCGUGGAGGUGUUGUUUUGUUUUGUUUUAUUUUUACUGUUAAUGAGAUCGUCUAUAAUAGGGAACAUGCAAGCUUAGAAAUAUAUUGAUUCUGCAGAUUUUUGCUACUUUUAAACCGGAUUUUAGCAGUGCUCUUUAUCACCAGCUUAGACGCAUCAUGGUGACUUUUUACGAUUACUGACAGGGGCAGACUCUGUUAGGCGUUGGCCGUCGUCUGUUGUUUUGCCUCCUGUUUGGCUACCAUGGCGGGGUACUGACAGUGCUUCGACGCUGUUUGUGUGAGAAGGCGCAGGCCUGCCGGAUGCGUGGCGCCGCUGUAGAAGGCACCGAACACUGCUGAAGAGGUGGGGGACAGCCCAGUGGCCCACAGGCGCAGAAGGCCCUGGAACAGCACCUUAAGCCCGCUGUCAGCCACCGGGCUCCGCUUGCUAUGGCGCCUAAAAGCAGUAGCUCCAACGCAGCCCCUCCUUUUGCCUCGUCUCCUUUCCCGGACUUCCCCAAAUAAAACCAGAGGUGGUGUCAUCAACAACGCCCAGGCUCUGAAGCCAAGCACCGCUGCGCCUCGCCCCGUCCAGCCUUUCUCCUCACUUUGUUUCUUGCCGUCCAAUUCCUUACAGUCUCUUCUGCGACUGCGACGCUGCGCAUUUACUUAUCAUUGCGAAGCUAUCGUAUUCUGUAACGCCAGCACCCACCAACACAGGCACACGACUCGACAUUGCCACCAGCAUCAAAGCGUAGGCUUUACCAGCAAAGGCGUACCAGCCCAAGUGUCACUGGCUACAGCCGAUGUCCCGAGUCGCUCUGUAGCCAUCCCUCUCCAUAUUCACCAUGGCAGACGUCGACACAGUGCCGACUUUUGGCGCCGAGCUUAAGGAUGGCUUCAAAAGCGCAAAUGCGUGGGUUGGCCAUGGAGUUGCGUGGCUGGAAGACAUUCAACAGUUCUACCGAGAACGGGCUGUGAUAGAAAAAGACUAUAGCGCCAGACUCUCCGCAUUGGCUAAGAAGUACUUUGAAAAGAAGAACAAGAAGAUUGCCCAGCUAAGCGUAGGCGACACGCCCACAAUGACACCGGGGUCGCUCGAGAGCGCUUCACUUACAACCUGGGCCACCCAGCUCACCACCCUCGAGGCUCGCGCCGCAGAGCACGACCAGUACGCAAACCAUCUAGUUGGCCAGGUUGCGGAACCACUGAAAUACUAUGGCGGCCGGUUCGAAGAGCUCCGAAAGCGACACGCCGAUUAUGCCGAAAAACUAGCUUCUGAGCGGGACGCCUCAUACGAACACUUGCGCAAAAUCAAAGGCAAGUAUGACACCAUCUGCCAGGAGGUUGAGGCUCGUCGCAAGAAAUCAGAGUCAUCUUACGACAAGGCCAAGGCGCAGAGCGCGUAUCAGCAACAGAUUAUCGAAAUGAACAACGCCAAGAACACUUAUCUGAUCACCAUCAACGUCACGAAUAAGCAAAAGCAGAUGUACUACCACGAGUAUGUUCCCGAAGUCAUGGACAGUCUCCAAGACCUCAAUGAAUUCCGCACGGAACGAUUGAACGCAGUAUGGACCACCGCAAGCAAGCUUGAAAGUGAAAUGCUUCAGCAAAGCAAAGACAAAAUGGACAAUCUGGCACAGGAGAUUAGCCGCAACGCCCCGCACCUCGAUUCAAUGAUGUAUAUGCAACAUAAUCUCGGUUCCUUCCAAGAGCCUCCGGAAAAGGAGUUUGAGCCAAGCCCCAUUUGGCACGAUGAUAAGGCGAUGGUAGUGGACGAGACAGCCAAGAUUUUCCUGCGCAACGUAUUGAGCAAGUCCAAGUCCCAGCUUGGAGAGCUUCGCCGCGAAGUCGACAAGAAGCGUCGGGAAGUAGAUUCCGUCAAGGCUACCAAGCAGAGGGUACGUGAAGGCACCGAGAAGAUGGACGAAGUUGAGCUUGUACGGCAGCUUUUUGCUCUCCAAGAGGAGCUGCAUGCAGUCGAUCGCCAACGCCUUACAGCGGAAAUCGAAACUUUUACCAUUACAUCUGUUGUUGGUGAUGUAACUCUCGGCGCGAACAACCAUAACUUCAAGAGCCAAACCUUCAAGAUCCCGACAAACUGCGACCUGUGCGGCGAACGUAUCUGGGGGUUAAGCGCGAAGGGAUUCGACUGCCGCGACUGUGGCUAUACCUGCCAUAGCAAAUGUCAAAUGAAAGUACCAGCGGAUUGCCCUGGCGAAAAGAACAAGGAGGAGCGGAAGAAGCUAAAGGCUGAGCGCCAAGAGGCUGCGAAUAAGCUGCUCGCGCCGGAGUCGACCUUGAGCCCGUAUGUCAACGAAGGUUCAGAUCUCAGCCGUUCAAACACGAUGAAUUCACUCAGCUCUCAUUCUGCACGCGUGUCCCCCUCUGGGCAGCAAACACCGACCACAGAAGAUGGACCUCCGGAACCAGCUCGACCAGUUGUAGCCGUUCCAGCACCAGGUAGAAAGAAUAGAAUGAUGGCACCGCCACCUGCGGCGUAUGUCCACGAAGCUGGCAAUGGCACAAAUGGUAACGCGGACAAGGAUGAGAAGCGCGGAAAGAUGCUAUACGCCUUUGAGGCCAACGGCGACGGCGAACUAUCGGUUGGCGAAGGUCGAGAAGUGGUAUUGGUAGAGCCUGAUGACGGUUCCGGAUGGGUCAAGGUCAAGGCUGGCUACAAAGAAGGAAUUGUUCCUGCCAGCUACGUUGACUUUUCGUCACCACUUCCAACAACUCCAGCACGCCCGUCAUCAACGUUGUCGACAUCUACGACCUCCUCGGCUGCGCACUCUACCAAUGCUCGCAAAAAGGGUCCUGCUGUUGCACCUCGCCGUGGUGCGAAGAAGUUGCGUUAUGUCGAGGCCCUAUACGAAUAUACUGCACAGGGCAGCACGGAGCACUCCAUGUCGGAAGGCGAGCGCUUUGUGCUUGUAAAGGACGAUCCUGGCGAUGGCUGGGUCGAGGUUGAGAAGGCCGGCGUGACAGCUAGUGUCCCUGCUAGCUAUGUCCAAAACGUUUAAUGGCCGCUAAGAGUGUUUGUUUGUAUUUUUCUUCUUCAUUUUUUGGAUUGUAGGGGUCAAAGCCUGGGCUUUCAUUGUAUGACUUGUCAACGGAGCAACAAAGCCCGUGAAUGUGUCAUACUGGGAGAAGCAUUGGGGGAACGGGAACACCAAAGGAAGCAUUGCGAGGAGUAGAUUAGAAAGGCUGCAAUUCCGUAUAUACUAGCGAGCGCAAUGAUUCACAAGUUUUAUGAUACUAAGUACGACCGAGGGUUAUGUGAAAAGAGACCGAUUCGUCUCCAGCGCAAACCGCGCCUGUCAAAAAUAAAUUGGAGAUGUCUAAAAUACUGCUACCGAGCAAGAAAAAAAGGUAGCAAAGCCACAGACCCUAAAAGUACAAGUUCCAGAUACCCAAUAAACCAAGAAAAGGAGAUUUGUUGUGUUUCCAUGCAUGCUUUCUAUUUUACAUACUGCAUCAAACUGCGGUAUUACGUGGGUAUCAUCAAAACCGUCCCCGUUUUCUUUUUUUGUUGUCCCCCGACAACACCGUUGCGUAAAUUCCAAAUAAAACCAAAGGCAAAGCGAGAAAAAAAAGAGUACACGUCAAGACAAUAAAUGUGAGAGAGGCAGGUCUCCAGCAAACAAGUGGAGAUGGGGGUGCUCGCCAAAAAGACACCGGACAAUGCUCAAUGAUGCGGUUGAUGCUUGCUAUGCUGAAAAAGAACAGGAGAUUUGUUGGAUGAAUCAGAGCAAGAGAUCAAACAGGGACUUGAACAUGAUGCGGCGCUUCGCAAGCAGGCGACGAAGCAUAUCGAGGAGAAGUGUACAUGCGACUGGAGUACCGCUAUGCCGGACCAGAUGCCGAGAAUGCGUUGCUCCAGCGCAAAAAAAAGAUGAAAAAGUUCGUGAGAGUGGUGAGGGUGGAAUGGUUGCGAGUGCAGCGGGUGGUGCAAAAGCAGAAAUCCGAGUAUUAAGUAAGGACCAGUUUCCAGGCCUUGGCAUAAAAAAUAAUAGUUAAAGUACAAUGUCGAAUGCUGCAGAGAAGAGUGUAUCCGAGUCUAUAAGCUGAUUGUGACCGUUAGAGUGGGGGUAUGAUGGCAUAAAGAGAUGUCAUAAAGUGUUUUUGCUCGUGGAAUAACGUUCCCACGAGGUUCUGCCCAAUUUUUGAGUAUUGGGAUUUCCUUGCGAUUUGAUCGUAGUGGCUCGACAAAGCUGAGUGACGGAGCAAGAGCGCUGGAUCAGAUGAGCUGCGGCGUAGGGCCAAGGGCGUGGUGUCCGAGGCCGUGGCGAAGAGUUUCUUGGAGCUCCGCGAUUUGCGCCAUCAUGGCGAGAGAGUGCUGCGUUUGCUGCUCCAUGUCGUUCUUGAGUUUGUCGUUUUCCUCACGAACGCGCUUAAUCUCCUCGCGGAGCUCUGUUAGCUCGUCUGCGCCGUGGCCGCUGUUGCGACGCUUGCGCUUCAUGCCGGAUCGCUCGCUGUCGUUAUCGUCCGGAGAGGCAAUCGAGUCGCCUGGCGGUGUUGUGCCGUCGGGAUUGGUAUGCACUCGGCGGAGAUGCUCGUUGAGGUUCUCUUGGCGAGAGAAGCCCUUGCCGGUAUGGCGUUUGCAGUUGGGAUGAGGGCAGUUGACCGUGUUCUUGGGACCGCCGUGCUUGCCGUGGACCUCGCGUUCGUGGCGCAAGAGACCACCCGAAUACGUAAAGCCUGGGAGAUUUUCACAACCUUCCGCAGGGCAACGGUAUGGGCGCUCGUGCUUAUCCAUGUGCUUGCUAUUGGCAUGUCGUUAGUACGUUGGUGUGGCAGGGUGUGUAGUUAGGGGGUUGCGACUAACUUCCAUUCGCAUUUGCGUGCAAACGCGCGAACUUCCUCUUUACAGUCUUCAAGAGGGCAGUGGAACUUUCCAUCGGCUUGUUUCGAGACUUGUCGUGAUGGCUUCGGGAUCGUCUUGAUCUUGGCAGACAAGGGAGGCGAAGGCACGGCAGACACCAUGGCGCUCGGCGAUUGAUCAUUGCUGUCGGGAACAGCGUCGGACAUCGCAGGCGGGGUAUCCAUGGUAAUGGGAAGCGGCGACGAGAAUCCGGUAGGAUGCAGGUCGAGCCUGCUCGAAUCGUCCGCUACGGUGGCAUCGUCGUCGAUAAUGCUGCGAUCAUCGUGGAGGAUGUCGUUGUCGUUUGUGUAGCGGCUAAGGUGCUCGGCAACGUCGGCGUCGGUAAGUUCGUUGUCCUCUCCUAUCGGCGGAUAGGCGCCCUCAUGAAUGAAGGAUCUGUGCUCGUACGCUACGCUCAUAUUCCAAAGCGCAACAGCUAUAUCCCUUUGUCACAAAAAGUUGAAGGUGGCGACGGGGGAUAUCGGCAAUGGUAAGGCUUGGUCGCGUCGUGCUGCAACGCUGAUAAACAAAACUACCGUGACCGGGAAAUGGUCUAAUAUACAACGGCAAAAGAGUCCGUGAAGUUGUUGUAAUAAAAGUUGACAGGUCCUUCAAGGACUUUGCUUUGGUAAGCUAUUGUAGAGUGGGUGCAAAACGAUGCGUCUGAAAUCGCGACUUGCGAAGAAGUGGCCUGAAAAUUCUGGCUGAAGAGUUCUUUUUUCCAGGCAGUGAAGGGGCGGCUUCAACGGCUGACGCAGAAAGGGGAUCGGGUGAUGACUAAGGAUUGCUCACGUGAUGGCAAGCGGCGAUGUGCUUGAAUAGUCAAGAUGGGAGAGGGUGAUGGGGAGUAUAAAAAGUGAAGUAAGGAAGAUUGGGUCUUGUGAUUGGGAUUUUUGUGACUCUUGUUAACGAGAAGCUCUUCUCGUUAAAAUUUCUCGAGAAAAUCAGACCAUUAUAUGCUGCGUCGGGAAAUCUAGGCAUCAAGCGCUGCGGGAUGACUCCACAGCCACUAACAGGCAAGCUGCAGCGCUGUCUACAGGUGACUCAUUUAGCAGCCUCAAGCAGUCUCGUGGUCUACGGGGGCGAAAAUAAGGCUACAGUCGGGGUUUGUCACCGUGCAGGCUAACUGCUGUACGUAAUAUGCGUACUGUUUCGCCUUUUGCUAGUGAAUCUUACGCCGUGAAGAAGGUGAUCGAAGCGAAGGGGGCUGGGGAGCCUUGCAGGCAGGGCUGUGGAUAUAAUGCUAGGCAACUGGUCAUGCGCUUAUCACUAACAUACAACGGUCUAGUUCAAACAAUUCAAUUCACGGGAUGAUUUAAACAUGAACAUGAACAUGAAUGGGAAUAUGGUUUGUGUUAUUAUUUAGAGAAAUGCAGCAUAGCUCUGAAGCGCACCGAUGGCAGUGACGGCCACAGCGUUGCUGGUCACGCCGUUCUUUGCGUACCAGAGCGAGCUGGCUCCCAUAAUGGCAACCAUAACGCCAGCGAUAGCUUUUUGGAUGGGGUCCGUAAGCGCCUCGGGGUUCUUGGACCACCAAUAGUUGAUAAGAGCUGCAAAGUUCACGGUUAGCGUGCUAUGACUGGAGACAGGGUUCUGUGUUUGUUCACGACUAACCAUUCAUGAUGAAGAAGCCGCUACCUUGCAACCAUCCAGCCUUGGCACAGGUGGUAGCCAGCUGAGGCAGACUGUUGAAUUUGGCAGUGUUUUGCCAGUCCUUACGGCUGACCUGUAUGAACCGUCAGUAAUGAUCUGGAGUUUGGGGUUUUCUGAUUGGCAUCGCAUACGGUGUGGCCUAGGGAGACAAAGAGCCACGCGACGGCGGUAACCUGAAGAGCGCUAGGCAUUGUGAGUUUGAUGUUUGUUAAGGUGGAGAAUAUGCGAGGGUAAAAGCCUGUGAAAAGUCAAUCGCGCAGCAAAAUGAUGCUUUGAUGUUUGAUAUGGAUGGGAAUCGACAGGUUGCAAAGGUCACUGUUGUUCCUUGGGGUAGCUAUCCUUAAGCCUCGGCUAGUAGUGUGGCGCCCCGCCAAAGUAUAAGGCGACUUUAGGUCCGGCGGCGCUGGAACUGGCCCGAUCCGUUCGAGGCCAAAAAGGUAGAGAGUGUAUGACAAAGGUUCAACGACGAGAAAUCCUUGAGUUUUUGUUUUAAAAGAAAAAUUGCGAUUUUAUUUGGUAACUGUACGAAACAAUAAUCACCCAUUCUAAGGAUAAUAUAUAAUUGAAUAGGCUCUGAUACUGCAAUGCAUAAAGUCGUCGAUCUGAUUAGAACUGCGUUCCACCUAAUUACAGUUUAUAGAGGGGCCCACAGCGCUCGUUUGGUGCCCGCUGUACGCGUUACACCAGAUGAUUUAUACUCCAGUUCAGUGAGUGCAAGAGGCAAACUACUAUUUGUAAAUCGG